CUCACUCUGACGCGAAGUAGGAUAGACUCUGCGCGCUUUCCUUCAAUCGGGCUAGACUGACCCAGACUUGGUUGGCUGACUUCUGACGCCCAACAAUGCGGACCAAGCCACAAAAGUUUGAUAAGUUAUCUUUGCGCACGGGGCUGGCUGUAAGGGCUCUCGGGACGGACAGCAGCAUGGAUCAGGGUACAACAGUUGGUUUUUCUGCAUCCCUGCGGGAGGACAUUUGAAGAGUCAGGAGACAUGAACAGCCUCGCCUCUGUGCCAGAGGAGAUAAUUUAGUCCUGGAUUUAGCAGGAGCUCUCGAGGUUUACAGCUGGAGUAUCUUGAAGCUUAACGCACUAUAAUUUUUUAUGACAAUUUCACUUUCAGUAGCAUCUGCUUGAGUUUUGUUUUAUGCGACUCUUGGAUAACCACCCACACUGCGGUGUCGCUUUUGGAGACGUUGGAUCUGAAUUACGCACGGGAUUCCUCUGACAAAUGACAGCUUCUAGGUGGUUUAUUGUUCCCUCACUUCAUCCCCUCCGCUCCCUGUACCGCACCGAUCAACCGUAUCACCCCCCUCAUCAGGUGAGGUAGACGCGGGGAGUGAAAGCUUUUCUCUCUUUCAGUGCGCCGGCGUGCGGCCGCGGGCCACCUGGCCGAGGAUGUGGGGAGGAGGUUUCCCGAUGUAUGUCACCGCGAUUGUGACUCUGCUCCUGGUCAUCAUCGACGUGAAAGCCAGCGGGGAGUAUUGUCACGGCUGGCACGACUCCCAGGGAGCGUGGAAAGAAGGGUUCCAGUGCCCGGAGAAGAUAGACGGAGAGGACGCGAUCAUCUGCUGCGGGAAAUGCGAGCUGCGCUACUGCUGCUCCAGCACGGACGCGCGGCUGGAUCAGGGGAGCUGCGAUAACGACCGGCAGGCUCAGGAUCCCGGCGCAGAGAGCAAGGACAAUAAGGACUCCGGUGCAGUGCCCAUCUACGUGCCGUUCCUGAUCGUAGGCUCUGUGUUUGUAGCUUUCAUCUUGGUGGGCUCUGUGGUUGCUGUGUGCUGCUGCCGCUGCCUCCGGCCCAAGCAGGAACUGUCGUCAGGAGGUGCGACAGGAGGCGGGGCCGGCAGUGGUCGCCUCUUGGAAACCAUCCCUAUGAUGGCCAGUGCAGGGACCUCCAGAGGUUCAUCGUCCCGUCAGUCCAGCACGGCCACUUCGUCCAGCUCUUCCGCCCCACCCGCUGCACCCCGCCCCGCUCCCCCUCCCCUCAUGAGGGCUCAGGCCUCCUGCUGCCUGCCCCCUGAUGCCAGCGUCUUCGUCAACAUGCCCACUAACUUCUCUGUACUCAACUGCCAGCAGGCCACGCAAAUCAUGCCUCACCAGGGACAGUUUCUGCACCCGCAGUACAUCGGCUACGCCCACCCUGUGUCCCCUACCACAGCCUUUCUGGACACCACUCAGGGUGGAUACAGACCCCUCCAGUCCCCCUGCCCUCCUCCCACUGGUGGGUCCAGUGUCACCAGUGACCAGAAAUACCCUCCAGUGACUGUGUGAGAAGGGGUCAACCUGCAGACCACUCUGCCGCUUUGUUGUGAAGUUUAACCUGUGAGGGUUGCUCCAGAGACCUUUCGGGGGGAUGCUGACAGAGUAGAAAAAGAAAGGCAGACUCACAUGAAGGACUCAUAAAGCCCUUGAGGCAGCAGGACCUGCCCUGCUAUUGUGUGUGGUGUGUGUCUGUUUAGUGUGUCAUAUGAUCUACUGCUUGGGAAGUUUAAAUGAGCUAAGCUCAGCCUGUGAUGGGGUUGGAUGGAUGCAUAAACAAGUUUCUGUCUUGAUGCAAAGACAAAACUGCAUAUUGGAGAAUUGAACAGCCCAGAUGGGUGAUAAUGCACAGCUAACUGCAGCCCACAGCUCAAAUAAAGACUGUGCACGUGUCUGUGUUUGCAUGCAUGUGUAUGUGACAGUGAGGAAAAGACUUUUUGGCUUGUAUGUGCUGGAAUGAGUGAUGAUUGGAUGAUUUACAGCAGUGAACGGUAUGAAAAAAGGAUAUUCAAGCAAAAAAAAAAAAAAAACCUAUGACCACAUGCUGUGUUUAUGCCAUGUGCACAUCUGCACUUGUGAAUUGUUGUGAGUGGUUUAUACAAUGCAGUAUAUGUUUGUGUUGAAAGCAUGAAGAAAGAAAGCAUGUGAAAAGAUGUUUGUACUGUAUGUGUGUGAGUUAGUGUGAAGUGUGGAGGGAUGUGGUCUUAUGAGUAAUUGUGAGUGAACUGUGUGUAAUGGGAAAUGCAGGUGGCGUGAUGUGAAAGGCAGUCGCAAUCUCCCUGCAGACCAUUUAAACUGUAAUGAAGUGAACACAGGACAUAGACUGUGACGCUCCACCCUACUAUACUACCCCCCCUCCUGCCACCCAAAAAGAAAAAACACACACAUAAAAUCCCUGACUGCCCUGUGUGGAAACACACACAACCCUCCAGAAAAUUUAAAUAUUCACGCAAGGCUGGCAGUUAAUGUACCUGACAAGUGUGAGAGUGUGACAGAGAAGGAGUGAGAGGCAGCUCUCUGAAGAUUACGGAGUUAAUUAUGCAGUGAAAACUCAGCCAACUGCCCCCUUCGCUCCUCUCCCAUGAGAGGUGUGUGUGCAUGUGUGUGUAUUUAACACUCCCACAGUUCAGUGCGUUAGCGGAGGGCACCGGCAGCUCCAGGGCAGCGUUGAAUCAUUAUUUUCCACUUAAGGAAGGCACAGAAAUGGCGGUUAUUGGUUGUGAAUCAGAAAAAAAAUGAGCUAAGGGUGCAUUUUUUCCACUGUUCUGUGUACUGUUGUGCAGCUGGGUCACUGGUAACUCAGUAACAUGCAACUUGAGAAAUGUGCUGCUCCACUGAACGCGCAGCCUGACAUGUCCCACAGUACUGAAACCGGCACGUUUGUGUACCUCAUCUGUACUCGGAGCAUGUCUGUAAGAUACAGUUGGCAGCUUGUGUGUGACAAUAUAAUCGGUAAAAUGAUGUAUGAAAAUUGUCCCAAUUUCUCACAAGAUUGACACUUUUCAUAUGAAUUCUACAAAAAUAAACUUUUAAACAGA